UCCCUUCCACCCAAGGAGAUUUCCAGCAUCAUGUCGAUAGAAAAGAUCUGGGCCCGGGAGAUCCUGGACUCCCGUGGGAAUCCCACGGUGGAGGUGGAUCUUUCUACUGCCAAAGGUCUGUUCCGGGCUGCAGUGCCCAGUGGAGCCUCCACCGGCAUUUACGAAGCCCUUGAGCUGCGGGACGGUGACAAGCAGCGCUACUUAGGCAAAGGUGUCUUGAAGGCAGUGGACCACAUCAACUCCACCAUUGCUCCAGCCCUCGUCUCCUCAGGCCUCUCGGUGGUGGAACAAGAGAAACUGGACAACCUGAUGCUGGAGCUGGAUGGCACUGAGAACAAAUCCAAGUUUGGGGCCAAUGCCAUCCUGGGUGUGUCCCUGGCUGUGUGUAAGGCGGGGGCGGCCGAGCGGGAUUUGCCCCUCUAUCGCCACAUUGCUCAGCUGGCUGGGAACUCAGACCUCAUCCUGCCUGUGCCGGCCUUCAACGUGAUCAAUGGCGGCUCGCACGCUGGGAACAAGCUGGCCAUGCAGGAGUUCAUGAUCCUGCCUGUGGGUGCAGAGAGCUUCCGGGAUGCCAUGCGGCUCGGGGCAGAAGUCUACCACACACUCAAGGGGGUCAUCAAGGACAAAUAUGGCAAAGAUGCCACUAAUGUGGGGGAUGAAGGUGGCUUUGCCCCUAACAUCCUGGAGAACAGUGAAGCCCUGGAGCUGGUGAAGGAAGCCAUCGACAAGGCCGGCUACACAGAGAAGAUCGUCAUCGGCAUGGACGUCGCUGCCUCAGAGUUUUAUCGUGAUGGCAAAUAUGACUUGGACUUCAAGUCUCCUCCGGAUCCUUCUCGAUGCAUCACUGGGGACCAGCUAGGGUCCCUCUACCAGGACUUUGUCAGGAACUACCCUGUGGUCUCCAUUGAAGAUCCUUUUGACCAGGAUGACUGGGCUGCCUGGUCCAAGUUCACAGCCAAUGUCGGGAUCCAGAUCGUGGGGGAUGACUUGACUGUGACCAACCCCAAGCGCAUUGAGCGGGCCGUGGAGGAAAAGGCCUGCAACUGCCUUUUGCUCAAGGUCAACCAGAUCGGCUCAGUCACUGAAGCCAUCCAGGCGUGUAAGCUGGCCCAGGAGAAUGGCUGGGGGGUCAUGGUGAGCCAUCGCUCAGGAGAGACGGAGGACACGUUCAUUGCCGACCUGGUUGUGGGGUUGUGUACAGGACAGAUCAAGACUGGUGCCCCCUGCCGUUCUGAGCGUCUGGCCAAGUAUAACCAACUUAUGAGAAUCGAAGAAGAGCUCGGAGGCGAGGCGCGCUUCGCCGGACAUAAUUUCCGCAAUCCCAGCGUGCUGUGAUUCCCCUUCUUGCCUGGACACUUGGAGCUUCUCUCCCAGCCUGUGAACCCCUUUCUUCCUGUCUUGAUCUGUGAUAUUUCGCCCGCUGAGAUACCUGAGCCCCAGGAGCCCGGAACGCCCCUGGUGACCCUACCUGCCCGCCUGCUCUUUGGCUUGCCCAAUCCUGCGCUGUCUUUGCCCUCUCCUUUCUGGGUCCCCACUCCCUUCUCCACUCUGCCUUCCUUUCUACCCUCCCUCUCCUGGAAACCUGGAAAUGGGGAUGAGGACGACAAGGGGAGUUUGUGGACGAACAAUCAGGGUCUGUGCUGGGAGCGUCAGGGUCAGUGUGCCGGGCACUGCGAGUGGCACCGAGUGUGAACUUGUGCUUUGCGCUGGCUCCAGGAGCUUCCCGUGUUGCACAUGAGGACAGGGCUGGGGUGGAUGUUAAGUGGAUGUGUGGCUAUGCUUGGUCUAAGGCUUCAGUGUAUGUGUGAAUGUAUGUACGCAUGUAUGUAUGAUGUAUGUAUCUUCUAUUCAUUCCAUUCAUUAUUUCCUCAUACCUCUAAGACGGGACACUUGGCCUGAUCUUAAGGGACUGUGUCAGUAUCUCAUACGUGUGGACCCCAAGCCGACCUGGGGUGGGCAGUCUUGCUGGAGUGGGAAGGGUAGCAGAAAAGGGCCUUGCUAGUCGUUCCUUUGUGUGAGCUCACCCUUAAAGGAAGCUGGGUUGGCCCAGGGGUGGGGCUGUGUGCCUGGGGGACUCCCCUUCCGUCAGUCUCUCCCCAGACCUAGGGUCCCUGUUCUCCCUCCAGCUGCACCAGAGCAACGUCUCACUCCCCUGUUCCACGUCCCGCAGUUGCCACCACCUCUGUGGCACUGAGAGCACCACCAUUAAAGUUUGAAUCACAGUG